CUCCCGCGGCGCCGCCGACCUGAUUGCGGGCGGGCGCGCGAUGGGCAGCGGCAGCAGCCGGAGCGGCCGGGCUCUGAGGCGCCUGCGCAGCCGCGACAGCCUCCUGGCCGGGCCCGGCGAAACAGCCCCGGACGGCGGGACGAGGCCGCUGGCUGCGGCGGCGGCCCGGGAGGCGGAGGCGGAGGCGGAGGAGGGGGCGGACGGCCGCCACCGCGACCCCGCGGCGCCCCCUGACGGCGGGGACGACACCCUGCGCCUGCUGGACGAGCUGCUGGCAGAGUCCGCGGCUUGGGGCGCGGAGGAGCCGGUCCCUCGGGGCCCGGCGCGACCCCCACCCGCAGCCGGCGCCGGGAGCUCGGUGUCCUCAAGACAGAGUGCCGAGGACCACGCGGAGAGCAGCGGUGUCUCUGGAGCCCCAGGCAGCAGCCACAAGAGUCCCGAGAGACAGUCAGCCAUCUCGUACGACUGCUCGGAGGAGGAGCUGAUGGCGAGCAUCGAGCGGGAGCACAGCCGCUGAGCCGCGCCGCUCCUCGGGACCCGCCCUGCCUGCCCAGGCCCGGGGAUGGGGGGGGUGCGCUCCCUGUCUUUGCAAGUCCAUAUUCAGAUGGUUCUGAAUGUGGCCGGCACCUGGCCUUCAGGCUUGCUGGCAAGGGGUGGUCGGCUGUGCUGACCCCGGUCAGAGGGAGGGGCAGGCGCGGCCCACAGGUGGGCAGGGGCGUCUCCCUGGGGCGGCUCCUCCCUCAGCCUCGGGCAGGGUCUGGCUGCAAGGGUCUCGUGGAGCCAGAACUGCUUCCCCCUUCGGAGGGCUCCCUCCCCAGCCAGGCUGGGAAAGGCUCAUUAGCUGAACCUGGCUCAGACUGGACACCUUAGGGCCUCUACGACACGUGCCGCAGCACUUCAGGAAGGUUCCCCUGGAGGGGGGGGCGCCCUCAGUUCUGCAGAUGAAUCACCUGGAGAUGUUGAAAUGCAGAUUCUGGCUCUGAGGGUCUGGGCGGGGGGUGGGGGGGCGCCUGCGUGUCUAACCAGCUCCCCCGUGAGGCCCACGCUGCUGAAGCCCAGACAUGCUUGAGCAGAAAGGAUUGAGUCUAAGCUGUAGACCUUCUCAGACUCUUCCUUCCCUGGGGCCUCGGAGCACCCCUUGCCUCCCCGCAGAGGCCCGGGCCUCCAGUGGGCAUGGUGCCCAGGAGCCCUGUCCUGGCCUCCCUCUUGCACUAACGUGCAGUCACUUCCCUCCCUGGGCCUCAGUUUCCCUUUUUAGAAGCGCCUCCCAGAGGCUCUUCUGGGCGCUCCCCGCUCUGACAAGACAAUCCAGGGCUACACAAUUCCAGGUUUCUUUGAUCUCCACGGUUUCCCCACCCUCCCGGGGCACUGAACUGCUUCCCCUGCUGGGGGUGAGCACCCUGGACCCACCUGAGAGGGUUUUCAGGAACCACAGCUCUCCUGACAAACGCCUGACAGGACCUUCUCACUCUCUUCCCACCCGGUGGAAGGUAGAAAAUCAGCAGUGAAAAAAUCCCCAGCUGUCAAUGAGAAGCCCACUUGCCAAGGGCGAGUGACCCGGAAGCACCCUGAGGGGAACCGCAGCCUGUUUGGAAGGCGGGCCUUCCGCUGUGGGCGUGGGCGUGGGAAUGUCCGGGUGGGGCGUGGUCAGAGCCAGGAGGCAGGGAAGCAGGCCCCUCUGGAGCUCUGGCAGGGCCUUCGGUGCAAAGGAACACGUGGGGGCGAUGGCAGCUUUUGCCCAGGCCAGAAUAGGCCUCAGCUUGUCUGUACCACUGACACGGUGGCCUCCCUGGUGUUGCUGGCAAGAUGCAAGGGCGACUUGGAAACCACUGAGCAGCCAUUUGGCAUGUCUCCAGACCUACAGGCCUGUGGCCACCGUGGGCAAAUGGGUGUUUGCUAUGAACUGUUACUACUUGACAAGAGUGCCUGGGAUCAGAUGUCCCAUGGCUGGGAGGCUUCUCACUGCAAAGUCAGAGGCUGGAACCGCGGAGCCUUCGAACAAAUGCCCCUGAAGGGCUGACACAGAACCCUCUGCUCAAGACAAGAGCUAUUUCUUUUCUGACUCCAAACCAUUUCUUUUGAUGUAAAGAUUAAAGUCGUUACUAUUUUAAUAAUACAAAUACUUCUUUUAAAA